AUGCACAUAAUAAGGAAAAGUUAUUUGCAUGGUGCAUCGAAUGUUGAACUACUAUUCGAUACUAUCGGUGAUCGUCUUCGAUACGCUGCAAGCCAGGUUCCUAAUCGUGAAUUUGUGAUUUUCAACAGGGAUAAUAUUAGGAAAACAUACAAGCAAGUUCUUGAUGAUGGCGUUAAAUUUGCAACUGGUUUGCUUCAUUUGGGACUGGAACGAGGUGACCGCGUCGGUAUGUGGGGACCGAAUUUGUACGAAUGGAUUAUAUGCCAAUUUGGGACAGCAUUAGCUGGAAUGAUAAUGGUUAACAUUAAUCCAUCAUACCAAAUGGAAGAAUUGAAAUUCGCUUUGGGUAAAGUUGGAAUUAAAGCUUUAAUAGCUCCACCAUCAUUUAAAAAAUCCAAUUAUUAUAUUUGUUUGUGUCAGAUAAUACCUGAACUUUCAUCGAAAGAGGAAGGACGUGGUGAAAUAAGUUUUCCAGAAUUCCCAUAUUUCAAGCACUUUAUCAUAAUUGAUUCUGCCGAACAACGUAAUUUUAGAGGCGCAUGGAAUUAUACAGAUGUCUUUGAAAUGGGUGCAGAAGAAGAUAAAUUGAAAUUAGAUAAGCUCGAAAAAGAAAUACAACCGGAUGAUGCAGUUAACAUUCAAUAUACCAGCGGUACCACUGGUUUGCCAAAGGGAGCUACUCUUACUCAUCACAAUAUUGUUAAUAACGCAUACUUCGUUGGAAUAAGAGCGGGCUAUCAUGAAAAACGGACAAUUAUCUGUAUACCAAAUCCACUAUACCAUUGUUUUGGCUGUGUUAUGGGUAGUUUGUGUGCUUGCGUGCAUCUGCAAACAUGUGUUUUUCCAGCACCAUCAUUCGAAGCACUUGCUGCUUUGCAAUCUGUUGCUCAAGAACGAUGUACUGCUCUAUAUGGCACCCCAACAAUGUUCAUUGAUAUGCUUUAUCAUCCUCGUUUUCACGAAUUUGAUUGUAGUUCUAUCGUUUCAGGAUUUGUGGCUGGUGCACCUUGCCCGAUAGCGCUAUGUCAUAAACUUGUUACUGAACUGGGCAUGCAUGAUUUGCAGGUAUGUUAUGGCACGACAGAAACGAGUCCUGUAUCAUUCAUGUCAAUUAGAGAUGAUCCACCCGAACAACGGAUCAAAUCAGUGGGACAUAUCAUGGACCAUCUUGAGGCAGCUGUGAUUGACAAAAGCGGGAGAAUAUUACCGCAAGGCGAGCGAGGUGAAGUUCUAGUACGAGGCUAUUCAGUCAUGAGAUGUUAUUGGGAUAGCGAGGAUCAAACUAAAACUGAAAUUACACCGGAUCGAUGGUAUCAUUCGGGCGAUAUUGGUGUUAUACAUGAGGAUGGCACUCUAAGCAUCGUUGGCAGAAAAAGGGACAUGAUUGUGCGAGGCGGUGAAAAUAUAUACCCAACUGAAGUCGAACAAUAUUUGUUCCGUCAUCCUGCUAUUGAAGACGUACAGAUCGUGGGAGUUCCUGAUGAAAGAUUUGGUGAAGUUGUCUGUGCUUGGAUCCGUCUGAGCAGUUCGGCAUCAAAUGUCACUGAAGAAGAUAUCCGUGAAUUUUGCAGAGGAAAAAUCGCACACUUUAAAAUACCUCGCUAUAUAUUAUUCAAGAAUGAAGGUGACUUUCCUCUUACGGUUACAGGUAAAGUGAAGAAAUAUGAAAUCAGAGAACGAUCUAAAAUUGAACUUGGCCUUCAACAGGUUGAUGGAUUAAUCAAUUAUUUCCAGAAAAAAAGUAGCUGUGCUUAA